CAAGAUUAAAGUUUUGUAGUUUCCGAAUGCGUAAAAAAGUAGAUAAGAAUGAUUUUUUGCUUCAUCUUAUUUUUUUCUCGACUUUUGUCCUUUGAAAAGAUAAGAUUUUAUAUUUUUGCUUCCGGUCUAUUGAUGUGAUAAUGGCGCGGGUGCGACAUAAUCUGCGCGGAAUGAAAUUGUGCCCAAGCUUGUGCUACGCGAAUUUAUGGAGUUCUAUAGCCUUGGAAUUUAUUAGAGUUAGUGCACAGUUUGGCUCGGCUUUUAUAAUUAUUAGUUGAUUGGAUUUUACUACAGUGAUUGUGUGGGCCUAUAUUUUGCCAACACUGAAUUGAUUCGAGUGAAGUGGCGCGUAAACUAGGAAGUUCCUCGUGACCUCGUUUCAAUUUGAAUCCACCAAGCAUCAGACAUUUGUGAAGAUGUCGUACAACUUCAAGAAAAUCGUGGUUGUUCCCUCUUCGAAGGACUUCAUCAACAUAAUACUGUCAAAAACGCAGAGGAAAACACCCACUGUGAUCCACAAAGGGUACAAAAUAUCACGGAUACGCCAGUUUUACAUGCGAAAGAUCCGAUUCACACAGCAAAGCUUCCACGACAAGCUUCAGCAAAUUCUGACAGACUUCCCCAAGCUGGAAGACAUUCAUCCUUUCUAUGCUGAUCUGAUGAAUGUUCUAUAUGACAAGGAUCAUUACAAACUGGCCUUGGGUCAAAUAAACAUGGCCAUGCACAUGAUUGGAAAUGUGUCAAGGGACUAUGUUCGACUGAUGAAGUACGGUGAUUCACUGUACCGCUGCAAGCAAUUAAAGAAGGCUGCACUUGGCCGCAUGGCAACAAUCAUGAAGAGGCAGAACCAAUCCCUGCAGUACCUGGAGCAGGUUAGGCAGCAUUUGUCGAGGCUCCCUUCCAUUGAUCCAAACACAAGGACCAUCCUCAUCUGUGGGUUCCCUAAUGUUGGAAAGUCCAGCUUCAUCAACAAGAUCACCCGGGCUGAUGUGGAAGUGCAGCCAUAUGCUUUCACCACAAAGUCGCUAUUUGUUGGUCACACUGACUACAAGUACCUCAGGUGGCAGGUGGUGGACACCCCUGGUAUCCUGGACCACCCACUGGAGGACAGGAACACCAUUGAGAUGCAGGCCAUCACAGCUCUGGCCCAUCUGAGAGCUGCAGUCCUCUAUGUGAUGGACCCAUCAGAGCAGUGUGGGCACACCCUGGAUCAGCAGGUGCAGCUCUUUGAGAACAUCUGCCCCCUGUUUGCCAACAAACCACUGAUGGUGGUCUGCAACAAGUCUGAUGUCAUCACCAUUGAUGAGCUGUCUGAUGAGAAGAAGGCUGCCUUGGAGCCACUGAAGAAGGAGGGCGUGCCCAUCAUGACCAUGUCCACAGUCACAGAGGAGGGAGUCAUGGAUGUGAAAAAGGAGGCGUGUGAGCGGCUGCUGGCUCACCGUGUGGAGGUGAAGAUCAAGACCAGAAAGGUGAACGACAUCCUCAACCGCCUGCAUCUGGCAGAGCCGGUGAAGCGUGACGACAAGGAGCGGCCGCCGUGCAUCCCCGAGGCAGCCCGCAAGAAGCGCCAGGGUCUGGCCAGCAAGGAGAAGAGGAAGCUGGAGCGAGACAUAGAGCUGGAGAUGGACGAAGAGUACACCCUCGACCUGAAGAAACACUACGAUCUUCCCGACGACAUCAAGUACGACAAGAUCCCGGAGGUGUGGCAGGGUCACAACAUCGCGGACUUCGUCGACCCGGACAUCCUGAGCAGGCUGGAGGAGCUGGAGAAGGAAGAAGAAAUGCGCGAGAAGGCCGGCGUCUACGACAGCGACGAGGAAACCGACUCCGACUACGAGGAGGUCCAUGAGCUGGCCACGAAGAUUCGCAACAAGAAGAAGAUCAUGAAGAUCGACAGCAAACUGCGGAAGAACAAGACGACGGCGACGAUGCCCCGUACUGGCCGCGCGUUCAAGCGUGAGCGGAGCGUGAGUCGACUGCGGGACGACAUGGAGCAGCUCGGCGUCGACAUGUCGGACGUGGAUGGCACCCACUUCGUGGCCACGGCCGAGGCCGACCGGUCUCGCUCGCUGUCGAGGCCGCGCGUCAAGAAGGCGCGCGCCGACUCUGAGGGCCGCGUCCGCUCGUCGUCCAAGACUCCGCGCGACGAGGUGGGUGUCACUGAGGAGACGCGCCUCAAGAUGCGCAAGAUCGGCCGCAACGCGCAGAAGAAGCUGGCUCGGGAGGCCAAGAAGGGCGAGGCCGAUCGCGUCAUCCUGGACAUGAAGCCUAAGCACCUGUUCGUUGGCAAGCGCGGCGUCGGUAAGACGACUCGGCGCUAAUCUGUCUGUGUAGAGGAGGUGCUGGAGACCGGCAUGAGUGACUGGUGUGAGUGGUGUGUGAGGCGCUCCGUAUGACCAGGCUGGAUGGUGAGUGACGUCUGCGGAGAUCUGGGAGCGAGACAACCAGUCUGGCUGGUAAGCUGUGAUUGUCCGUGUGUAGAAAACAGGUCAGCAACGUGUAAAUGAGAGCGAGUUUGCGGACCUUUUCCUGUUUUCAGAAUAUGGGAGACGAAGUACUGAUUCAAUGUGUAGAAGUUUGUGAAUGGUUCGUUUGGGAGUCUGCAACUGAAGUAACUGAUGGUACCUACCGUUGUGGAUUGUUGUCAGUUGUUCUCUACGAUGGAGUCCGUUUGCAUAUAUGGAAUGUAAUCGCACUAUUUUCGAUAAGCGUUGUUUGGCUUUAGGCUGAUCAGCCGGGGAUUACCAGGGAGCGGAGUCCUGAUGUAUUGCCUUCUGUGCUACGACAGUGUUGGUUUCAGAGUGGAUAUCUUUGAAAUAAACGGCGGCAUCCGUAGGGGGCGCCAUAGUCGA